UGCCCACACCACUUAGCUUUAAAGUCCCAGAUCCACGUCAUCUGGCUCUGCAGUGUCACAUCAUCUCUACCCACCUGCUUUGGCAUGGCCAAGAGAGCUGGUGGAGGACAGUGCGGUAUGUUUUUGUUACAUUAUCAUGCUGAACACUGGUUAGGAAGAAACACAAGUUCUCUGCUGGUGGCUGUUGAUUGAUAAUGUCAGCACAAGACAGUAAAUGAGGUCCUGAAGCGGUGCCUUUUCAGCAGAGACUUAGACCUGCCAAAACAAAAGUGGUUAUAGAUUGGCAUUUAAUUGGAGACCACAUCCACAGCAAGCAGUGGAUCCAGUCCCAUCAGUCUGCUCUUUGUCUGACUCAGUCUGACUCAAUGGGGAUGUAAACACUAGGAGGGGAAAAUAAAGCAAUCUAUCAGCCUAUGGACAAAUGAGUUUAAGGAUUCCAUAAGUACACAAACUAUCUAGUUUUAAACUUCUACCACAUAUAAAUAUUGACACCUGAGUAGUCAAAUCCUUUAUUGCUCAAGGAAAGAGACAACAUCCACUGAAUUCACUACACUACAGUGGUUAGAAGAGCACACGCUGGGAGCUGUCAGAUAAACCAGCCCUUGGAGAUACUGACCUGAAGGCAGUCAGAUUUGGGAUUGAUCUAUACUUAAAAACUCACAUACUUUAAGACUGCUUCUUACCAUACAGCUUAAAGCUGAGAAUAGACGGAUAAGGUGUGAUGUGUGCAUUUGUCAGUGCUGUGUGUGGUUUUGCCAGUGAGAACAUUAAUUGGAGCUGUCAUGUAAUAGGAAAAGAAAGCUGUUGAGCUCCCAGUCAAACAAACCCUCACUGUUAUGAGCAACAUUUCCACUAAGGAUUGUUUUUUUCCCCUUACACAGCAACACCUGCCUUCAUAUUGGUGGCAGUAAUUCAUACACUGGGAAGCACUGUGUCAAACAUGGAUUGUCAUUGUUAGGGUGUGAGGAACAACUAUAUGGACAACACUAUGUAGGUACUAAAGAUUAGGUCAGAGAAAGUUCUUCCAGGGGAAGGACGUGUGGGGUGAAGCCUUGGCAAGCGCGGGGUGGAUGUGUCCAUCCCAGCCAGCAGCAAUUCAUUACUUUCUAUUAUGUUGAAGCUGCAUCUCUAAUCUAAAAUGAUCUUUUAAGAGCCUCCUGCUUUCCUUAUCAGAAUGUUCUGCACUUUAAAAUUAGCAGCCGCUCCCAGCCAGGCUAUAGAAUCAGAGAUUAUUUUCUUCCAGCUGAGUAUUUGGUGGGGAUGAGUGCCCUUCUUUACAGCCAGCUUUUAGCCAUUUUCAAUAGGGCCGAUCCAUGUUCAUCAGAUAGAGGCAAAUUAACAGCCUUCUCCCACCAGAAGUCCUAAUUUUGUUGAACUCCUUCUAGGACUGCUCAGAGAAUUUCCAUCCCUGCUAAAAAGACAUUUCUAGCAGCUGAUGAUGAUGAUGUUUAAUUUCCCCUUACUUAAAUAAGGCAUGAAGAUGAAAAGGUCUUUAAUAAGAAAUCAGAGAGGGAGCUGAUGGGCAGUGAGCACAUCAAUGACCCAGACACCCAACCAUGUUAAACAAACAGCUCUGAUACCCUGUGCUUCCUAAUUGUGGAGUGCACAGGGAUCAGUGUGACAUUCCAUAAUCUACUCUAAGUGAUCAAAACCAUUGGAGACCCACUGAGGUUUUGGCUGAACUCCCACAUAUUUUCUGCUUUUAGUCCAAUUGGGGAGGGUUCUCAAAUCAACCUCAUCUGCAAACAGGAUUUGAGUCCAAAGCCACAAAUACAAAUCCCCUUGGCCAACUCUUCCUGCCAUUCCCAAGAGAAAUCAGUCAAGUUACUUGGAUCUUCUGAGUCUUGGAUCUUCUGACCAACCUAAACUUGCUGCUGAAAUCACUUGGCAGCACAGAGACUGGUGUCUGUGUAAUGAGGUGAUUCUGGAGCGUAUUUGGAGCUCCCUAAAACCUCCUCCUUGCUGGUCCAUCGAUAUGGGAUCCCCAUGCUGCAAGAAACCAAAGCUCACAGCCACCAAUCAGCCCCAGCCAAACAUCAUCUGUCAUCCCAUGGCUAUAAUCACCCAAUAGCCACGCUCAACCAAUGGCUUCCUUCACCCCACAGCUGGGCCAUACUCACCAUAUGGCUGUUCUUUCCCUGUGACUAGGCAACCCUCACCCCACAGUUGAGUGUCCAUCACCCCAUGGUUGGAUGUCCAUUGGUUCAUGGCUGGGUGUUUACUGACCCCUGGUUGGGCAUCCACUGACCUGUGGCUGGGCCACCCUUAUCCCAUGGCUGCCCUUAUCUCAUAACUGUGCCAUCCUUACUCUGUAGUUGGAUAUCCAUCCUCCAACAGCAAUCUGCACCCCAUGGCUAUGCAUUCAUCACCCCACGGCCACCCUCUGUCCCAGACUGGGCUACAGUCACCCCAUAGCUGCCCUUGCUCUACAUCUGGACCAUCCUCACACCAUGGUUGGGUUUUGGGUGUCCAUCCCCUGAUAUUUGAUUGUCCAUCGACCUACAGUUUGGCACAACAGGACCACACACACCCCAGGUUUGAGUGUCCUUUAUCCCAGAGCUGGGCAUUCAUCCCCCCCCUCCCACAGCCACCCUCAUCAUCCUCACCCUCAGUCAGGGCAUCCAAGGAGCUUCACAUGGUCCCUGUGCCCACACUCUUUGUUCUCCUCCAACUCAGUGAAGAGACCUCACUGCAGAACAGCGGGACAAACACGACCAUCCCCACACAUAGCAGCAAUACCCACCCUGCGGGUGGGAACGCCACGCUCCUCCCCAGCUUUUAAUCACGGCGCUCAGGCAUCACAGCGACAAUAAGGAGUGAGAGCGAGGAUCGCAGCAACCAGAGGACUUGUGGUGAGCAACAGCUGGUGAAUGAGAUGCAUUUCCCCAUCCUUUUGAAACAAUCAGCGAGCAGAGGGAUCUUGGAGCUCUCUCAAAGCCAGGCAAGCUCCGGGCUGAUUACGGGUGCCAAAAUAGAUGUGUCCCCUGUUCUGCUGCUGUUAGGAGCCCUGUGGCUGUGCUGGGGACAGCUUACACACGCUCUGAGGAGGAACGAGUGCUGCAGGGCCAAGCCUUGUUGAGCCCCUGCUUUGCUGAGCCCUUGUCAUGGCACAGAUCCCCAAUGACUCCUGGCAGAACACCUCAGCCCCUCUCUUCACAGGCCUUGACCUCUUGCUGGAGCUUAAGCCGCUCUUCAUCCCUCUCUACACCACCCUGGUGGCUGUGGCGUGCACGGGGAACCUCUUCCUCAUCCUCCUCAUCGCUCUCACCAAGAAGCUGCACUGCACCACCAAUUUCCUCAUUGGCAACCUGGCGGCAGCCGACUUUGUCAUGUGCCUGGCCUGCGUCCCUCUGACCGUCUCCUAUGCCUUCGAGGUGCGGGGUUGGCUCUUCGGGAUGUUCAUGUGCUACUUUGUCACCCUGAUGCAGGCCACCACCGUGUUCGUCUCAGUGCUGUCCCUCACUGCCAUCUCCAUUGACCGCUACAUCGUCGUGGCCUACCCCAUCCACAGGAGGAUAAGCCGCAAGUCCUGCGUCUGCAUCGUGGCCUGCAUCUGGCUUCUCUCCAUCCUGGCCUCUGUUCCCACCUCGCUGCACACUCAGUACUUGGAUCUCAAUGCCAUCGGCCAUGACAUGAUCAUCUGCGAGGAGUUUUGGAAGCACAAGGAGAGGGAGAGGCUGCUGUACUCGUGUCUGAUGCUCCUCUUGUCCUACAUGCUCCCGCUGCUGGCAGUGUCGGUCUCCUUCUGUGCCAUCUCCUACCACCUGCAGAGGAGGAACAUCCCAGGAGCUGCUUACCCAUGCCAAGAGAAAUGGAGCAAAACCAAGCAGAAGACCUUCCGGGUGCUCACCAUCUCUGUGGUUUGCUUUGCUGUCUGCUGGCUGCCCCUCCAGGUGGUCAACUUCAUCAGAGACAUUGAUGAGGAGUUCACCAUCCUGGACAAGAGAUACGUCAACGUCAUCCAGGUCUCGUGCCACCUGAUUGCCAUGAGCUCUGCCUGCUACAACCCCUUCAUCUACGCCUCCCUCCAUGACAAGUUCCGCUUCCACCUCAGCAGUUACUUCUACCGCAAGAAGAAGAGUUCUGGCAUUGUAUCCUACAAAGCUUCUCGGUUCAACACUUGUUCCACGCUGGCAGAUGCCCCAGCUGGUCUCUCAGAUAAGAUAGCUUUACAAGCCAGGUUCUCUUAGUUGAACUUCCCCUACAGGCUUUCUCUUGGGCCUGGAUGUAGACUCUUGUGCUUGGCAAGGAGAGCAAGCACCAUGGAACCAAGUGAUGGGAUGUCUGUCCUCAAGUAGCAGCUCUUCUGAGCAGCUUAAGGACAUUUUAUUCCUUGAUUUACCUGCUAGCCCCCACAGAGAUGCAAUGGGCCCUGUGGGUGUUUCUACCUGGUCUGACUCAAGAACCAGUGUCAAUGAAACAGCUUUCACUUGCCUUGUUGACACAGAACACUGUACAUAUAUCUGCACCGAUGACUAGGUGUAUAAUUGGUGUGAUGUAGUGUUCCAUAAGCCUGUUUUCAGAAUUGCCUACACACACACUGACACGGUCAAAAUUUGCCUUAGUGUGAGAGUUUGCUUUGUGUGCAAGGAGAAAUGUUCACACUGUACCACUGGCUGUGCAGCAAGGCUGGGUGUGGGGUAUAUACACACCCUAGAUCUCCAAUCACAGCUGACUAUGCUGGGGGGCUGUAUUUGCAGCACAAAGACAUCUCCUUGUGGCACAUAUAGGGGUUGGUAAGAUAUUGGGUGCAUUUAAAGAAGUCUUCGGAGAACACCCUAUCAUUUUGUAGAAUAAAGAUUGUUCCUAAGCAACAGAUAGCAUUUUUCUGCCUCUGGAGGAACACCGGCUCUCCCAGGCAGCACUCAAAGUGCUGUCCAUUUUUUCGUUUAAAUUGCAGUCCAUGGAUGAAAGGACAUUAUACUUUCAGAAGUGUGUGUUCUGCCAGCUAGCAUGCAGGGCACACUGUCACAGCUUGUGUUGAAUGUGGGGACAUUUCCAUUGUCUACUUGCCUUUCUGAGUAUCCUCAUCUGUAUAACCUCAUCUGAUAGUCCCAGUUUCUCCAAGCCAGAAGCAUGCAGCCAAACAAGACAAGGCAGGCAGAGCUCAAGGGAAUGGAGUAGGUGAUAAGGAAGAUAAGUUGUGUGCUUGCUGAGGAAGACGUCCUCAAUCUCCACUCAGAGUGGUUUAAGAUGGUAUAUAUUCCUCUUGGGCGGAGGUGGGAAUCCUGCUCAUGGGCUACUCUGACCCCAGAACUGCUAAAUAAAUUGUGGGUUAUACUCUGGUGUCCCCAGAUGCUGAUUGGACCUUAAGAGCCUCAGGUAACAACCUGCUGUUGGCUCACCUUGCUGCUGAGACCUUCAUGGGUUCCAGUGGCCGUUCUGGAACAGGAGACAGACAUCCAUCAAACACAACACAGCUCACUUUGUUGGCUUCUUGCAGCUUUCUUCUGGCUACAGAGGGUUGUACUUAGGACUGAGGCUGAAGUAUUUGCACUGGAGGAGCAAAGCCCAGGUCACUGCUCAUCCCUCCUGCUAAUAAAGGCUUAAAAAAGCUCAGG